AUGUCCUCAAAGAAGAAAACAAAGAGGAAUCAUUCAGGAAAUAAAUUAAAGGAACACAAAGGCAGCUCCCAUCCUCGUUGGAAAUUGUUUUCACUAGAGGAACCAGAUGUCUCAAGGAUAUCGAAGGUAGCAGAAACAAAUCAACUCGAGGAGCUUGAUGAUUCAUUUGAUCACCCUUUGCACAGUACUGCUGUGGAUGCUUAUGGGGAGGAACAUUCACCAAACGAGUCACUUGGUCAUGUUUCAGCUCCAAAAAGGAAAAAUACGGAAAGAAGUAAAAAAGCACACUGCUUAAAAACAUCUGAUGGGGAUGUUCAGAAAUUCAACACAGCUGAUUCAGAAGAUGAGCCCCUUCAGGAGGAUGCGAAGGCGCUGAAUACUACUCAAUUCCAGGCGAAAAAGAAGCGGCCUUCAGAGACCACCACAUUGGAUCCUUCUGUGAAUAGCCCAUGUUCUGUACACAUUUGGUGUCCCAAAGAGCUGAAGAGAUCUCCUACAGAUAUUACAGAACUGGAUGUUGUUCUGGCCGAAUUUGAGAAGAUGGCAGCAAAUUACAGACAGAGCAUAGAAUCAAACAUUGGCAGAAAAGCUAUCAAUGACUUCUGUUCCGCUUUCAAGGACCAAAUCACUGAUCUUGUAACGGAAGUCCAGGAAUUAAAGAAUAUGAAGAAAAAAAAUGCGAAGGUAAUAACAAACAUCAAAAAGAAAAGGCAGCAACUGUUGCAACUCAGAGAAGAGCUAAUUGGAGUUGAACCACAACUGAUAAAACUACAAAGAGAAUAUGCUGAGUUACAGGAAAGAAAAUCUUCCUUGAGGCAGGCAACUGAAUUACUUACUGAUUUAAAGGAGCUACAGCAAGACUGUUUGGAUUAUAGAGAAGAAAACCCAAGAGACAAAGUGGUAUACGGAACUUCCAGCCUACCAGCUCUUCUGCUGGAGUCACGGAGAAUUCUAGGAGCAGAAAGACACUUUCACAAUAUCAAUAUGAAACUGGAAGAGGCUCUGGAUGUACAAAGAGGAGAGCUAUCAAAGAAAGAUUAA